AUAAGCCACUCAUGUUAAGCUUUUCCUGGAAUUUGUGGUCGUGUAUUCUCUGCGACCAAGGAUAUUUCACAUCGACAUCUAAGGAACAAAGCACACUGCGGGCCUCGGAGCGACUUCAUGUAAAACAGGUUUGAAAUGGCCCCCCGUGGAAGCACAAAAACAUUUCUUCUGCUUUUACCCGUUAUGUUCGUGGCGGUGACGGUAUGCAGCGGGGGCAGGAUUUUGAUUGUUCCUUUAGAGGGAAGCCACUGGGUGAACAUGGAUGUCAUGAUCAGAGCGCUCCACUCUCGAGGACACUCUGCUGAUGUGCUCCGGACCAACAAUAGCUGGUACAUCAAGGAUGACUCUCUCCACUACAAGGCAAUCACCGUUUCUGUCACCGAAGCCUUUAAUCACGACUUUAUUAACCCGAUCCUGGCAAAGAUCAUCGACAUAGAAAGAGGGGAGAGCUCCGCCGUGAGCUUUGCAAGUUUGCAGCUUGAGAUGUUCACUGCGAUGUUUAACAUGCAUAGAAUAAUAUGCAAAAUGGCGACUAUUAUGUUCAAAGACAAAGACUUGAUGAAUAGUUUGAAGGAGAGAAAAUAUGACCUGGUCCUUACCGACCCAGCAUGGGGUGCAGGUAUAAUGUUGGCGCAUGCUCUUAAGCUGCCUCUGGUUUACAAUGUGAGGUGGAUUACUAGUGGAGAGGGACAUUUGGCCAUUGCACCUUCGCCAUUAUCUUAUAUCCCGAUUACCGGCUCAGGGCUGUCAGACAAAAUGAGUUUCAUGCAGCGAGUCGAAAAUCUAAUUUUCUAUGCCAUUUUCCGAGCUCAGGAUGGAUUUUUAAUUAACCGUCAGUAUCAAGCUGUUUGUGAUGAGUUCUUUGGCCCAGAAGUCAGAUACAGUGACUUAUUACAAGGGGCGGACCUGUGGCUGAUGAGAGCCGACUUUGUGUUUGAGUUUCCUCGGCCCACAAUGCCUAAUGUCGUCUACAUGGGAGGGUUCCAGUGUAAACCUUCUGAACCACUCCCUGAACACUUGGAGGAGUUUGUGCAGAGCUCUGGGGACCAUGGAGUCAUCCUCAUGUCUCUGGGGACUUUUGUGAGUCAACUUCCUGCUGACAUGACAAACAAGAUCGCUGCAGCUUUUGCCAAAUUACCUCAGAAAGUCAUCUGGAGGCAUAAAGGUGACAGACCAGCCACUCUGUGCAACAACACUUUACUAGUGGACUGGAUGCCACAGAAUGACCUCCUGGGACAUCCAAAGAUUAAACUGUUUGUGGCUCAUGGAGGAACCAAUGGAGUCCAAGAAGCUAUUUAUCAUGGAGUCCCAGUAGUGGGUCUGCCUGUGUUCUUUGACCAGUACGACAACCUGCUCCGCCUGAAAGAGAGAGGAGGGGCUAAAAUUCUUACAUUAGCCACAGUGGACAAAAGCACCAACUUCAUAGAAGCAAUCGAGGAAGUCCUGAAUGAGCCCUCCUACAGGAUGAACAUGCAGAGACUCUCCUGGCUGCACAGAGAUCAGCCAACAACACCACUGGAUAAAGCCCUCUUCUGGAUAGAGUUCGUCAUGAGGCACAGAGGUGCAGCUCAUCUGAGAACAGAAUCCUACAGACUGCCCUGGUAUUCCUACCACUCUGUAGAUGUUGCCCUGUCUCUUCUGGCUACUGUUGCAGUGGUUACUUUGUUUCCUCUGGUACUUUUCAGAUAUGUGCAUCCUGAGAAAAGCAAAAAAAAGACAAACAAAUGAAAAAUAUGGUAAGGUGGCGAAAUUCUGUCCUGCUCUUUCUACUAAAAAUACCAUCACGUCGUUUAAGAUUUUUAGCUCAAUUUAAUCGAAUGCGGGGUAAUUUAAAUUGUUAUCUCCCUUAGUUCUUUGAGGAAACUAACACUAGGUCAGAGUGCCUGUUGAGGUGCAGCACGGGUAUUACAAAUCCAGACCUUUGUUACAUAACUGGAAUCCAUGCAGGGUAAAGUUUGGUUGUGUAACAAAGAUAAUGGACCAGUGAAGGGCAGGGUGAAACAAACAGUGUGAUACAAUCUAGAUUAAGUUUUGGCAGGCACAUCUACAUUCACUAUCUCAUUCAAGAUCAAUGCAUGCAGCAGACACACAUUACAAGAAAGUUACUACAAAUUCCAGCUGACUACCAUGAAGUACAGAGAGUUUGUAUCUAACACGAUACAUGCAUGUUUAGAAAAAAAAAAAUCACAGGGAAUACACCCAACAGACUCAGUUAGAGCAGUUUAAGUGACCGUAAAAUCCACUUUUUGCAGCGAUAUAAUAUGAUAUUUGAAGCUGUGGCUCCAUCUGGUGGUAGUAAUCUAAAAAAGACUGGUAGACUGAAAUGCACACAGGCGCUGCCUUUGUCUGAUAACAAAGUAGAGGCUUCUCCAUUGCAGUAAUGGCAGCGGGGAGGAGAGGAGCCCCGACUAACCCACUGGACGCUCCUCUUGAUCUGUUCUGUCCCUCAGCCCGAAACUCUGACGUUGCGCGACGUCCUGUCACAGAGGGUCACCGAACUCCGGGGUUGACCUUUAACACGGGCAGACAACAAAGAGGGAGAUGGGCGGUUUUUUAAUGGUUCUCAAAAAUCACAUAUUAUGUCACAUAUUUGAAAUGACCGGUGUGCAGCAUCCAGACAUUUGAUGCACAUUUAAUAAAAGUGCAUGAAAAUAUUUUGACUGCGCACACAGAUUGGGGAGCUUUUGUCUCAGAGGACACUUGUAUGCACAACGUUUGUCUCAAUCAAUAUUCCCUCUGCCACCUUCUCUCUGUUAAAGUCUGUGUUGCGUGAGUCAUUACUAAAACCCCUUUGGAUCUAAAAUAGAAAGACAUCUUCAGAAUCAUAAAAUACUUUUGUGAUGCACAGGAAUCUUGUCUUGCAGACACAUUAUUGAUGAAGCUGAAGUCCCGUGUCCGAGAGGACAAAUACAUUACAUUACAACAAAAGCCCACCCUGUAUUCCGCUGGCUGGAUGCUGUUAAUAUGAAGCAACUGCAGUAGGUGAUGUUGAGUCGGCAUGGCUAGCGACAGCUCCGGCUCGGCUGUUAUCAGUGAGUUACAAAGAGUUCUGCUGGAUUACACGCAUGUAUAAUUUCCUGCGAAUCCCUCGUGUGCAUAUUGGCAAUUUGCACCCAGCCACUAACAAUGAGAACACCAACAUCGUUGUAAUUACUGAAUGCAGAUGCAUUUAAUGGAUACGGCAUUAAAUAUGACGACUAUCGAUAGUAUCAAAAACUGGGUUUGAGUUGAGUGAAAAUCCUUAUAAUUCAAAAAAGCAUAAUUGUGUACGUGCUACACUGUAUGUGUCUGGAAAGUGGACUCAACAAAAGAGACUGGAGAGCAAACCUUUGUAUUCUACACUGUUUAAUUCAGAAUAAAAUGAAUCCACAGAAUGAUGA